AUGUUUUUUGAUGCUUCGCCCUCUGAAAAACAUAAUCAGCGUCGGACUAUCUGUUCAGACUUUGGCAUACACCUCUGGUGUUUGGUCAAAUAUUGUGCUGACAUAAUAAGCUUUUUGUCCACAGACUCGCCUACCUAUCAGUUCGAUGCUCAGGUUCACAGAGGUCAUAAUGGAAUCGAUCGGCAAGAUGUUGAAGAUAUCCUUACGAGUCCAGGUGCUAAUGCCGUUCAAUUCGGUGCCUUGGUAAUAUUAGGGGGAGCUGCUAUCGUUACUGGGAUUGAAGUGUCCAAUGCAAAUCGAGAGUUGGACUUAUUGAAAUCACGCUUUUCCGAGGUGUGUAACGCAUUGAGAGAUGCAGGAAAUAUUGAUGGUGGGGGUGUCCCCCCUCCUCCCACUACCACCACCACCACCACUACAACUACUACUACCACUACCACUACCACUACCACUACCACUACCACUACCACCACCACCACCACUACAACUACUACUACUACCACUUCCACAACAACAACAAGUACUACAACAACAACUACUACUACUACCACUUCCACAACAACAACAAGUACUACAACAACUACAACUACCUCUACCCCGCCUUUUGUUCAAGAUCCAGCAGCGGUAGAAGCUUUAAACCGUAUCAACGCCGUUAUUGCAGCUUUGGGUCAAGUUGCAUCAACUAAUUGUAACUUCAAUUGAC